CGCAAGUCGCUCGCAGAUCUGUGCCAUUGGUCGCGCGCCGGUCUCUACUUACACUCACGACUCCAACCAUAUCGAAGAACAGGAAGGCACCCUGUCCGUGAUUUCGUACGGUAAUACCUAACGCCAUGUCUGCUGCGGUCCGCCUGAACAAGGAUCAAAUCAAAACCAGUGUUGAUUUAUUCUCAGUGUCGGGUCUGUCUGAUGCCUCUGCUGUCUCAGUGGCCAAUACGCUAUCAAAACUCUACGGCUCGAGCACUGGACAGGCGCCUACGGCAUCUCUUGUCCCAUCUCACUUGAUCCUACUAUCUGCCGAGCCCCGCCAUGCCCACCCGCCUUCACCAGAGAUCCAGGAACACCUUCGGGAUCUCAUCGUGACCGCGCACGAAGGCGCAGCCGCCCUCUGCUGCGGCAGUAUCCUUGCAGGGCAGGGGAGCGAGACCGACGAGUAUGGUGAUAUUGCCAUCUGGCUUGGUGACGGGCCAUAUGGCGACAAUGCACCCGAGGUACUGGCAGCGCUCGGGCUCGAGCGCUGGGUCGGCGGGGAUAGCGCCAGUACGAUUGGUCGGAUCAGUUUGUCACCGACGACCGGUUUGCCUGAGAGCCUCAGACCGCCCCCGCCUCAGACGUCCGUCAAUAAGCUGGAAGAAUUGCUGUCAAGAUUAGAGAACAAGUAUGCGUUCUUUGUGAAAGGAGGUCCUUCUGCUGGUGGGGCUGUUCUCCAAGUUCUACUGGGCUACAUACGGAUUGGAGAGGAAGGCGGAUGGGGUGGAAUAAUGGGAGUUGGAGUUUGGGCUGAUUGACUCGUAGACUGAAUGGCUCGUGAUAAUCGGUGAAUUAUUGGCGAUAGUCCAUACCACACUGUUGGAUUUGCUUGUACCCUCCGUAGUUUCUGUUGCUGACGCCAGCGGUAAAUGAAUAAAAUCGUCCGCAAAUCCAGUAGUAAUUGGCGUGAUGCUAUAAC